AGCCUAUCUGUCCUCCUCCAAAACACCCAAAUCCCAUGUCCCGCAGGAACACCGUACACCCAAAUCCUCCUCCAACAGCAAUUCUCCGGACGACCCGAAAUCCGAACAUCCGUUACCUCGUACCCAAUUUCGAUCCCCCAUGGCGGUUCCCCAAAAAUAAAUAAAAAACCGUCCAUUUCCUCCCCAGUUUCUCAAAAUUCCGCCAUGUCUUCGAUCGUUACCGGCGAUCGGUACCUCGAAUACCUAGUCAAAUACGUCGAUCGCCACGCCGGCCCUCUCCUCGACGGAACCCUAACCCUAAAACUCAACCCCGUCGGCCUCCACUACGUCCAUUCUCGCAUCGAGGCGCUGCAGGAGCUCGAGGGUUUGCUCGCCGGAGCUCCGGUCGAUUACCUUCGAGCUUACGUCUCUGAUCUUGGGGAUCAUCGAGCGUUGGAGCAGCUUAGGAGGAUCUUGGGGCUGUUGACGUCGCUGAAGGUGAUCUCGGUUCUGCCGCCGCCGGCGAGAGAUCCGACGCCGGUGUCUCUGUUGGCGUUUGGGAGAUUGAAGGUUUUGGAGUUGAGGGGGUGUGAUUUGUCGACGUCCGCUGCGAGGGGUUUGCUUGAGUUGAGAGGUUGCUUGGAGAAGCUCAUUUGUCAUAAUUCCACUGAUGCACUCAGGCAUGUAUUUGCCAGCAGAAUUGUUGAUAUAAAGGACUCUCCAGUGUGGAAUAGGUUAUCAUUUGUUUCAUGUGCAUGCAAUGGUUUGGUUCUAAUGGAUGAAUCCUUGCAAUUGCUUCCUUCUGUUGAAACUCUAGAUCUGAGUCGUAACCAAUUUGCUAAAGUGAGCAAUCUUCGGAAAUGUACAAAACUGCAGCACUUGGAUCUUGGAUUCAAUCACUUGCGCUCAAUAGCAUCAUUGGGUGAGGUUUCAUGUCGGAUAGUCAAACUUGUUUUGAAGAACAAUGCCUUGACAACAUUACGGGGGAUUGAAAAUUUAAAAUCACUUGAAGGGCUUGACCUUUCUUAUAAUAUUAUUUCCAGUAUCGCAGAGUUAGAGAUUCUCUCAAGCCUUCCAUGUCUCCAGAAUUUAUGGUUGGAAGGAAAUCCUCUUUGUUGUGCACGGUGGUACCGCUCCCAUGUUUUCAGCUUCUUCUUACAUCCCGAGAAAUUGAUUUUGGAUGAGCAUGGUAUCAGCACAAGAGAGUAUUGGGAGAGGCAUAUCAUUUUAGCUAGUAGACAGAAACUACCUGCAGGAUAUGGGUUUUAUUUUCCGGCCAAAGAUGAAGCUGAGGAUGAGGGCUGUUUGAAUACAAAAAGGAAAAACUAUUAUCGUCUUGCCAAUAUCGAAGACGAGGAUCAGGGCAGAUAUCUUUGUUCAGAAGUUGCAGAACAAGAGUCAGUCUCAUGCGAUAGUGACAACCAGAUGAAAGAUGAGAAUGCUAUUUCUGAUGGUGAAUCAGAAAUAGCCAGUUUAAUGAAUAAGGUGGAAUACAUGAAGAAAGAGCAAUCUGUUCUUUGGUUGCGAGAGUUUAAGGAAUGGAUGGAUCAGUCACCUGAUUGUGCAGUUGGCAGAAACCAAUUCACUAGUCUUAACGUGGACCCUUGCAGGGGAAAAUCUAUAAAUCAAAGCCUAGUUGAGAAGCUUCCUGGUGAAAUAUCAGUGCAUGUACCGGUCUGCCAACAAUUUUCAGAAGGUUAUAGUAGCUCAAAUAUCUUGCAACAAUCUGCUUAUCAUGGCAAUGGACAUCUUGUUUCUAAUGGCAAAGAUAGUCUGGAACAUCUAGUGGUUAAUGGUAAUGAUGUUGCAGAAACUUCUUUGGGAACUGGAGAAGUAAGUAUAGAACAGGAUCAGGUGGAGGUUCUUUCUCGGAAACCACAUAAUCUUUCUCAUCUGGAGGUUAAGGCUUCCCUUCAUUCAAGUGCUUUGGCAGAUGAAAGAGGAGACCAAGUUUCAGCACCAUUGACUGGAAUUGAUGAGAUCAUGGGUUCACGCCCAUCUUCAGCAUACCCUGUUUCACCUCCACACUAUCAGGAGGACAUUCUACAGCGACGCCUUUAUUUGGAGGAAGAAUUUCUGCAAUUAUCAGCUGAAUCACAAUCUCUGGCAUCAUCAGACAGUGAUACUAGUUGUAAUGAAGAUGAUUCCUGCCAAUCCAGUGUGUCAUUUGCUGAAGUUGAUCAUCCUCUUCCUCAAGAAUCCACGGAUCUGAAUAUAACUGACAUGUCAACUGGAGUGCCCCCAGAGUGUAAUAAUGGUGAAGGAAGAUAUGAAAAAGGAUGUGUAUUGCCAAACCAUGAUAAUCAGUUUUCUAGAGACGGGUAUUCUGAGGAUUCAAGUGGUUGCUUACCUGAUGUUAAUUCUGGUCAAUAUGACCAUGGGCUGGAGAAACCGAAAGAUGAACAUAAGCAUAAGAGAAGAAUUGUCUCUCUAACAGGAAAUUCCAGGCUAUGUGAUGGUGAACCUGAAGUCCAAAGAGGUAAUGGACUUUUAGAAGUUAGGGAAGGUGAGAUGAGAGACAAAGAAGAGCGACCAAGUUGCAAUGAGAAUUACAUCAAUGAAUCACGAGAAGGAACUAAUACAGUUCUUUUACAUAGCAAUGAAAUAAGUGGUUCAUCUUCCAAGACCAUAUCUUUUGAUCCCAAACAGGAUCAAUUCAUAAAAAACUAUUUUCACUUUGAGCUUACUGAUUCUGGUGUUUCUGAAACUUGUCAACAAGUCGUUCGCUGUGGAUGUAUUUAUCAACUUGAAUCGGCCUUCCAUGAAAGUGAAGUUGCUUUACUGAGGAGUUGUAAUGACAAGCUAUAUCUGCUACAAAUUGACGUUCUAGCUGAAGGGCAAGAAGUCAUCAACCGAGUUCUGGGAUUUCAUAGGCUGGAAGAAUUAAGAGAAGUUGUGGUGGGACUGGGACUACAGGCUGUGAGGGUACAUAUGGAGGGGAAUGCCACUUAUGUGUUCUUGCCAAGAAACACCAAGAAAUCUAAAGAUUUACUUUGCUUGUUAGGAGUUGGUGAUGCAACAACAUUAAGUACAGGAUGUUGUCUACAAAGUUUGUUCUUUUCUAUUUCUGUGAUCGGGUGGCUUGGAAAUUUAAAUGGCAGUUGGGAGCAGGUUCAGGUCAGCUUACUGGAGAAACAUAUUUGUCGAAGCAUGAAGAUGGGCAUAAGUUUCUACUCAAUGCUACUGUUUUGGCAUGAUAAUCAAGAUGGGGAAUCAUGGGCUUUGCGAUCCGUCUUCGUGGUUGAAGGAUGUUUACUGGUUUGCAUAGAGAACCUUUUAUGUUUCAGUUCUCUAGCAGAUGAUAGUCGUCCUCCAUAUUACACUCUUGAUUCACGAUGCCAAAUAGAGAAUAUUGUUGAAAUUGGCAUAGAGGUGAAUAAUCGUAGAUGUUUGACACUGAUCCUGAACAAUGUUCCCUCCGGCAGCAUUUCCUCUACUGAGGAGAUUGGUAUAGUAACAAAACCAGAAGAAAUCAACGCCAAGGUAUUGAGAUGGAAAUUGAAGUGGUUCUCCGAAGAGACUCUGCUCAAGUUUGUGGCAGUCUUAAAAGCGAUUCAUCUAGGACUAACAACAUCUGAACUUCCUGUGAAGCAUAUAUCUUGAUCGAUUCAUCUGGAUCCAACAACAUGAGUUGCAUGUGAUGUGAAUAUCUUGAUCGUUUGUAGGACUCUAGGGUUGUACAUUCAUUAAUUCUUUCCCCUGUUCUCUGCCAAUUUUAUUUGUACAGCAGCUUUGUGUUUUGGUGGUUUGUAUUCUUUCAGGGCCAAGUGCGGUCCUUGUGUGAAGAAGUGUACAGAGACUUCAUGUUGUAUAGGUAAAUUUUGUCUGUACAGAGGUGUUCAUGCUGUGAUUCAAACGUAAAAGAGGUUUGAAUUUA